AUGGCUUCAUAAGCGGUAGAUCAACAACAUCCAACUUAGCGUGCUAUAUUAGUUAUAUUUCCCAGGCUUUAGAGAAACACAAGCAGGUCGAUGCCAUCUACACAGAUUUUGCCAAGGCGUUCGACAGAGUCAAUCAUAGUCUAUUGAUUGAUAAACUCUACUCCUUUGGCGUGAAUGGUACUCUCUUGCAAUGGUUGUAUACUUAUAUAACAGGUCGAUUGCAGACAAUUAACUAUCAUGGACACACGUCCAGAACUAUUUUUAUAUCCCCGGGUGUCCCUCAAGGAUCACAUCUAGGACCAUUGCUUUUCCUGCUAUUCAUUGAUGAUAUUAGAUACGCCUUCACUAAUUGUAACUUUUUAUUAUUUGAUGACGACCUUAAACUGUUUCGCGUUAUCACUUCUGAUAUAGAUGCUCAUUAUCUACAGCAAGAUAUACACCGGUUAGAAGAGUGGUGCAACAACAAUUUAAUGAAUCUCAAUCUUGCCAAAUGUAGCAUUAUCAGAUUCCACAGAGGCAGUGAUUCCAUUGUCCUAAAUUAUACUCUUUACAACACAGCCCUAAAUAACAUAGUAUGCACCAGGGAUCUUGGAGUAUUAAUAGCAGCCACAAAUUCAGCUUCCAGGAUGUUGGGCUACCUGAAGCGCACUUGUGCUCAUUUUCAAGAUCCUAAUACAUUUCUUGUUCUAUACUAUGCACUAGUCUUGUCUCACCCAAACUACGCUAGCAUAAUAUGGGCACCUCGUCUAUCCAAACAUAUAAAUACUCUUGAGCGGAUACAACAUAGAUUUCUACGCUUCCUCCCCUCUAAAACCACCUCUCCCAUGGGGCGAUUUGACCAUGACUACAGUAACAUCAUACGUAGAUUCAAAGUUCUCUCUCUUAAUGAUAGACGCACCAUAAAUGAAAUCGUUUUCAUCCAGAAGCUUCUUUCCAACAAAAUAGACUGUGCACAACUGCUUGAACAGGUACCUUUUCACAUCCCACCAUGGGCCACCAGAUCCUCCAAUUUGUUCCAUCAAUAUAACUACUCUUCCAGAUAUGGGCACUUUAAUAUUAUUAAUAGAGUAUGCACCACUGCGAAUAGAUUUAACUCAGUCAGUGAAAUAUGUAUUCAUUGACUCUGUCGACAAAACGAAACAUAACCUACGAAACCUCUUCAUCGAUAACACGACAUUACGAUAGCACUAACUCCGUAUAUAGUGCAUUAUACUACACCAAUUUGCACUAGUGAAAUUCAGCAUUCCACACUCACUAAAAAUGCCGACUUCACUGUAGUAUCAAAUCACUGUCUACUCGUUCAUUCUCUCUCCAUUCAUAUGCUUAUACUAACGCGGCCAUAUUACUACUACUAUAUGUUUAUGUUUACGCUUGUAACACUGCGAUAUUAUAUACAUUAAUUCAUUGAUUCAGUAUUUCUUUGAUACCUAAUACUUAAACUGACGCACUUUAUGUAUUUCCUGCUAUGUAACGCUUGUUUU